AUGCAUUACAAUGGAAGAGGAGGGCUUCAGCUAGAAGUUACACCUACAAAUUCAACAAUUUCAAGAAAUAAUGAAAAUAACAGAUUGUUGGGUGUAAUUUAUGGUAUAGGGAUGAAUGUAAAUAAUAUAAUAGGAGCAGGUAUAUUUACUACACCUGGAAUUGUUUGGAAGAAUGUGAAAUCGCCAUAUAUUGUUUUAGGAUUAUGGUUAAUGGGCGGGAUUGUAAGUUUAUUCGGUUCACUUAUUUACACAGAGUACGGAGCUAUUCAUAAGGAUAGUGGAGGCGAAACCAUUUAUCUUGCCACAGCAUACCCAAAGCCAUACCAAAUGCUGAGUUAUCUUUUCAGUUUUAUGUUCAUCUUCGUAAUUCGACCGGGAAUUAUAUGUGCGGUUUUGCAAUCGGCUGCACAAUAUACAUGGAUAAUAAAAUUGACGGCAAUUGGAUUAUUAUUCUUAAUAACAGGAUAUCAUUUAUUAAGUAACAAGUGGGCGAAUAGAAUAAAUCAUACAUUAGCAAUAAUUAAAACGAUUGUGUUGAUUGCGAUUGCAUUUGGCGGAUUUUCAAAAUAUAAAAAUACCAAUAAUUGGACGACCCCUCCAGAAGGAGAAAUGUUUAAAUUCACUUCCUAUUCUAUUGCCAUAAUUUCAGUCUUAUUUAGUUACAAUGGCUGGAAUAAUUUAAAUUAUUCCUUGGACGAGUUUAGAAAUCCUGAAGAAAGAUUAAAAAAGAGUAACAUUUACAGUGUUGGAAUCGUGACGUUCUUAUAUUUAAUGGUUAAUAUUGCAUUUAUUACUGCUGUGCCUUUGGAUAAAAUAAAUAAAGACAUUUUUAAUGAAACAAUAGCAAUAGAUUUCUUUAAUAGCAUUUUUGAAGGUAAUACUACAGGAAAGAAGAUCUUUUCAUUUUGUGUUGUUCUAUCCGCUAUUGGAACAGCUGCGUCAAGCAUUUGGAGCGGAUCAAGGGUGAUUGUGACUGCGGCAAAAUCAAAUUUUUUUCCAAUAUUUUCAUCACAAUUAAAAAGUUGGAAUCAUAAAUUUAAUACCCCGAUCACUGCGUUAUUAGCACAACUUGGAUGGUGUACGCUUAUUAUGCUGGUCGUUGGUAGUACGGCACUAAUCGAUAAUUUCAUAUUAUACAGUUCUGUUGCAAUGUUUUGUAGCUGGAUAUUCUACGUUAUUACAAGUUUAGGUUUAGUGAUUCUACGAAAUACAUCAACAACGGAUUCAACUUAUCCGUUUAAAGUUCCAUUGCCGAUAAUUUAUCUAUUUAUACUUUUCGGAUUUAUAACAUUAAUUUUAUCAUUUUGGGGCAUAGAUUCAAAUUGUCCAAAAUUAAAUCUUUUAUUCAUUGAAAUUUCAUUUAUAUUUUUAAUUAUCGGUUUUUUCCUAUGGUUUGGAUUAUUUUACUUGAGGCAUUUAGAAGAACAAAGAAAAGAAGACAGAAUUCGUGAAAUUAAUGAACAAGUUGAAAUGCGACUUGCUGCUAUAUCUGAAUCUCAAAACAAUCGAAGAACACGUACCAUAUAG